AUGCAGGAAAGUAUGUUCCGGGAGUUGGCUGAGCUCAUCUAUGACAUGAACAAGAAUCCUUCAUUGUUUAUAGACCUCAAGGGUUUCUUGUUGGGUAAUCCUGAAACCUCUGAUAGUCAUGACUGGCAGGUUUGGUGGAUUAUGCUUGGAGCCAUGCCAUCGUCUCGGAUGCAACACAUGACAUCACCAGAGAUAACUGCAAAUUUGACAAACUCAUCAGGUUCCAACAAUGGUGGAAGAAGACUACUCAUGUUCAAGUCCACCUCCAAGAUGAUACCGAGGAUCAUGGGUAGCUACGAUCCAUGCCUUGAUGGUUACACAACAUCUUUCUACAACAGACCAGAUGUUCAGAAGGCCCUCCAUGCUAGUGAUGGCCACAACAUCAGGAACUGGAGCAUCUGCAACAAACAAAUUUUUAACGAGUGGAAGGACUCGAUGCCCUCUGUUCUCCCCAUAUACAAGAAGCUGAUUGCAGGAGGGCUCAGGAUAUGGGUCUAUAGUGGUGACACAGAUGGAAGAGUCCCAGUGCUGUCAACAAGAUACUGUUUGGACACCCUAGGGAUUGCCUACAGUUGGUCCCUGGAGGCCAUGGUGGCUGGAUGGCUACAAGAGUACGAGGGGCUAACUUUUGCAACAUUUAGAGGAGCUGGCCAUGAUGUGCCAACGUUCAAACCAAGCAGUUCCUUGGCUUUCUUCACUGCCUUUCUUGCUGGCAAAGCUCCGUCGUCUACCCGUUGA